GCUCUUGUGCUCACCAAGAACUUCUUUUAUUUGCUUUUGUGCACUUUUCGAAAUUCAAAAACCAUCAUGAACAAACCGAAAGGACAGAUUUUUCCCCGGCAAGCCUAGCAGCCGAGACUUGCUCAUUCCUCCCAUUUCCCCAACUCCCCAAAACCUUCACCCUUCUUCUAUGACUCGACCUGCUCUGCUGCUCCCCUCUUGUUCUCACCAGAAAGUAGAAACCACCCAUUCAAACCCCCAAACCUAGAGACAGCAAAACCCUUGUUCCAUUCUUCUUCUUCUCCCUCUUUUUUUUCUUGUCUUUACUUUUGUCCUUUUCUCCCUCUUCCUGUAGCUCAAGCUUCACUAAUCACCCGAUUUGAGUAUACAGACUCAGAGAGCAACCUAGAGCAUCUUGCUGAAAGAGAAAGAAGAAAAGCUUCUUCCUGUGAAGGAAAAAUGGAAUUGGGUGCCCUUGGAUGGGUGUUUCCUCUCAUUUAUGCGGCAACCCUUUUGAGCUCUACCUCUCUUGCUUUGACUGAAGAUGGUAUUGCAUUGUUGGAACUGAAGGGAACAUUGAACGAUACCAGGAACAUGCUUGCCAACUGGGUAGCCACUGAUGAGUCUCCUUGCCUAUGGACUGGCAUCUCUUGCUAUCCUGAUGACCAUAGAGUCAGCUCAAUAAACCUUCCUUACUUGCAACUUGGAGGGAUCUUAUCUCCCAGCAUUGGGAAAAUUAGUAGAUUACAGAGAUUGGCGCUUCAUCAGAACAGCUUACAUGGGGUCAUUCCAAAUGAAAUUACCAAUUGCAAGGAGCUCAGAGCCCUGUAUUUGAGAGCUAAUUACCUGCAAGGAGGCAUACCUUCUGAUAUUGGGAACCUCUCCAGUCUCAAUAUAUUGGAUUUGUCAAGCAAUUUGCUGAAGGGUGCCAUACCUUCAUCUAUUGGCAAGCUUACACGCUUGCGCCACUUGAACUUGUCCACCAACUUCUUCUCUGGCGAAAUACCUGACUUUGGUGCUCUAAGCACAUUUGGGAAUAGUUCGUUUACUGGAAACUUAGAUCUUUGUGGAAGACAAGUGGCAAAGCCAUGCCGAACAUCACUCGGUUUCCCUGUGGUGCUACCACAUGCUGCUAGCGAGGAAGCAGGCGUUCCCACGAAACGUUCUUCUCAUUACAUCAAGGGUGUUCUGAUUGCUGUAAUCUCAGCAAUGGGCAUAACAAUCAUUGUGCUCUUUGGUUUUCUCUGGUUAUGCUUACUGUCAAAGAAGGAAAGAGCUGCAAAGAAAUACACCCAAGUCAAGAAGCAAGUUCACAAGGAAGCAAAGUUUUUGUUUCGGCAGGCACGAAGCUUAUUACUUUCCAUGGUGAUCUACCAUACACAUCGAUCGAGAUAAUAGAGAAGCUGGAGACUCUCGAUGAACAUGAUGUAGUAGGGUCUGGAGGAUAUGGUACUGUCUACCGUAUGGUCAUGAAUGAUUGUGGAACAUUUGCUGUGAAAAGGAUUGACAGAAGUCGUGAAGGUUCUGAUCAAGUUUUCGAGAGGGAAUUAGAGAUUUUGGGAAGCAUCAAGCAUAUCAAUUUAGUGAACCUUAGAGGCUACUGCCGGCUCCCCACAUCAAAGCUUCUGAUAUAUGACUAUGUUGCCUUGGGCAGUCUAGAUGACUUUUUGCAUGUUAUUUCAGGACAAGCUGAAGAAGACCGUGAAUUAAAGUGGAGUGCUCGCCUAAGAAUAGCCUUAGGUUCUGCUCGGGGAAUCGCAUACCUGCACCAUGACUGUUCUCCUAAGAUAGUCCAUCGAGACAUAAAGUCUAGCAACAUUUUGCUAGAUGAAAACUUGGAACCGCACGUCUCAGAUUUUGGUCUUGCCAAGCUUUUAGUAGACGAAGAUGCCCACGUUACAACUGUAGUUGCUGGAACGUUCGGUUAUUUGGCACCAGAGUAUCUACAGAGCGGGAGGGCAACUGAGAAGUCAGAUGUGUAUAGCUUUGGAGUUCUAAUGCUUGAGCUAGUGACUGGGAAGAGACCUACUGACCCGGCGUUCGUGAGGAGGGGCCUGAAUGUCGUUGGAUGGAUGAACACACUACUGAAGGAGAACCGGCUCGAAGAUGUGGUUGACAAAAGAUGCACUGAUGCAGAAAUGGAAGUUGUCGAAACAUUGCUAGAGAUUGCAGCAAGGUGUACCGAUGCAAACCCAGAUGAAAGGCCGACCAUGAACCAGGUGCUUCAGUUGCUUGAGCAGGAAGUAAUGUCCCCUUGCCCUAGUGAACUCUACGAGUCACAAUCAGACUACUGCUGAACAGGUCUCAAACAGGUGGUAGACAGUAACCAUUGAUGGAUUCAUCAUGCAUUCCGACUGGCUAAGCCUUUGAGGGCCAAAUGGGGUUUUUUGACGAAUUGGUCUUAUUAUGUAUGCCUAUUCCUUUGAGGCAUUCCCUGUAAAUGAUUCUCUUCUCUUCUUGGAAGAUGUCGGAUUGGAUGAUAUGAAUGUUCUGGUGUCACUAUGCCAAGUUGGCUGGCUACCUCUUGUGUAGAUUUGAUAUUACACUAUGCUAAUUCUUGGCGUUUGUCAAUGCAUAGUUAGGUUGUUCAACUAUUGGUUUUGGUUGACUGGUUGAUGCGUUAGUGAUGAGGACAUUCGUAAGAAACAGGGUUUAGGCGUGGAGGGCAGGGGAGAGCUUGGCACAUAGGGGGUAUUUUGGGAGUUGUUAUUUAAAGGAUUGAACUUGUUUAUUUUGGAUUAAGAACAAAAUUGGUUAAUUG